AAUGAGGUGGGGCUAUGGUGACGUCAGCUCUGUAAACAGCCCUUAAAGCUACUGAGUGAAACGAAACUGUAAGAGACAGAAACUCACAUGAUGAGCAAAGCAGACAGAAAGCAAACACACAUAGAAGAGGCAGAGAGUUAUUUUGGAUGCUGUCGUCCCCAGGCAACGUGGGCCUCCUGUCUUCUUUGGCAUAGCCAUGGGACAGUUUGCUCCAUUGGUUCCACCAGAUGUGGCGCCACUUCUAGCAAGUGUGGAGCUCCGCCUGGCAUGCACCAAGUGCAGCAAGAGGCUUUAUGAGAUCACCUACACUUAUAACCCUGCCCAUCACAGCUGCAAUGCCAACCUGCUUCUUUCAAGGUCAAAGAAUGCUAAAGAAGUCAAUGAAUGGCACGAGGUGAGGCGUCGCCCUGCUUACCCAGUGCCGGCACGUUAUGCCAUCUGCUGGCACUACCGGCCUACCAAAGGCUGCAUUCUGCACUUCCAAAAAUGUAAUUUUGCUUGGACUGCGGAAGAAGUUGAUGUCUGGUCUUUUGAGAAGCGCCAUAAUCUAGAGAGGAGCCACCUGCAAUCGAUUCUACUAAAGAAGCCCACGGCAGGUGCGAGCCUCAAGGAGCUUAGUAGCUGGGAAGAUAUCUUACGUGAGUUUGGAGGACGCUUUCAGAAUAUCUGUGAACAGUGUUUCUAUCAAAGCCCUCGGAAGGUUACAAAUUUAUGCCAAUCCCACCCUCGCCCGGUGCCUCUUCUCGCUCACAUUGUUACUGACAACAUCAGGAAACAGUGUAACGCCGUCGCCAUCCGAACUGUUCCUUAUGCGCCCCAUGUUCAACUGUGUGCCCACAGCUCCAGGGGUCUCCUGUGUCGGGAGGAAAACGGGCACUGCCCCAAAGCACACAGCGAGGUUGAGCUUGCGGUGUGGAAGAUAGAGCUGAAAUACGGCCUCAGCCGGAGUCUUAUACAGGAGGAUGGCGGAGAGGACGUAGGCUUCUACUGCCGCCUCUGCUUGGUCAGGGCAAGCACUCAAGAAGGUUUUGAAGCGCACUGCUCUUCACUGGAACACGAGCGUAUGCUGAAGGCCGAUUCGUCACCAGUGUGGAAUCACCGUGACCCGCCAGAUGGCAUGAAAAGAUUCCUUCUCUGCGAAAACCCAUCACAGUGCAUCUACGGGGAGGGUUGUGGGAAUGCCCACAGCCAGGAAGAACUGGAGGAAUGGAUCCUAAGGGUGAAAGUAAGCAGACGGAACAGGCAGGUGGUGGAGGAAGAAGGUCUGCUAUCUUACCGGGACCGACUACUACAAGAAUGUCAGCACAGCAAUAUUGACAUGCCGGUGCUCUCAGAAGAAGGUGAAGGCAUUAAAGGUGUUAAAGUCUCGUGCGAUAGUCCUUUGAAAAUUCAAUCCAAACAAAAGCCGGUGAAACAUGUGUGGAAUUUUACUGUCCAUUCCAAGAUGCAACUCCAACACGUGGCUUUGCUGAAGAUGGAUCCUGGAGCCGCCUUUUCAUUAACAGCCCAAGGCUUGUUGGAUUCCUGCCAUUAUGCCCCUGGCCACUGUUUCCAGGUUAAGAGCUCCCGGACAUAUUAUUAUAAAAUCGGAGUGUGCGCUGAAUGUUCAGUGUUUGGAGUCUUUGAGAAAUGGUUGACUAUGGAUUUUGGAAUCCGGCCCGUCUUACUACAGAAGAUCUUUGUGCAGGUGGGAUGUGAGGAAGAAAUCCAGAGUGAUUUGGAAAAGACUCCAGAACAGGAUAACAGCCCACUGACAUCGUCUGAACGCUGGAUCCCAGGAAAGCACUUGUGGGUCCCAUGCAAGGAGAGAACACAUGAGGAAGAAAAACUUUUGAACAUGUACAAACCUCCCUCCAUGAAUCCAAGUUAUGGUGGGAGAACUGCAAAGCAACAGGCGCUGACUGUAGAAAAUUAUCGGGAGGUGAUGCACAUCAAAGUUCUUCAAGAAGAGGCCGCUAGAGAAGAGAUAAUAGCCAGGUUAAACUUGAAGACUGAUGUGACCUUGACGAUGACGCUAAGCUUGCAGAAUGAGAUGAAGUUCUCUUCAAACGGGGAGCUUUUUGCAAAGGCGCCACUUCCUAAGGGCCUGACGAAAGACACAGAGGAAGGAUAUUUACUACAGAGGUCCGUGCCCACUGCAUUGGUGGCUCCCAGUCCGCAGCAGGGAGACAAAGUCUAUGAAGUGCACAUGGAGCUCAGCAGUGAAUUAGAUGGCAGUGUUGUGCUCCGCAUCCCAGAACGGUGCUGCCGUGAGCUGUCCCUUCAUCCGGAAACCUCUGUCAAAAUGGAGAUCCAAUUCCAGCUCGACCGGCUGCCAUUCUGUGAGUACCACGAAGCCAUAGACCGCCUUUUAGAUGUGACCCUAUUGCUGCCGGACCUAAGCAGGUGUUGCGUGCCCACCUCUGAAGAGCAGAUGUCCUGGGGCAACAACAAGCAAAAAAUGGCAAUCUCUUACAUAACCGGAACAGUGACGGGCAAACAACCUGUGGCCCCACUAGUUAUUUAUGGCCCUUUCGGGACUGGAAAAACUUCAACCAUGGCCAAAGCUGCACUGCAAGUGAUCAAACAGGCCGGAACCAGGGUACUGAUCUGCACUCACAACAACAGUGCGGCUGAUCUCUAUAUAGAAGAACAUUUUGAUCCAUUUGUGAAAUCUGGUCACCCAGAAGCCAGUCCGCUGAGAGUGAAGUACACCAGGAGUCCUGUCAACAGGACAACACCCAUCACUUUACAGUACUGUGCCCUCAAAGAUGACCAGUCUUGCUUUGUUACGCCCACCAAGAGUCUCCUGGACAAGCACCGCAUUGUUGUGACAACUGCAGUAACGGCCAGGGACCUAGAUGUACCCAGAGGUCAUUUCACUCAUAUAUUACUGGAUGAGGCGGCACAAAUGAUGGAGAGCGAAGCUCUCAUACCAUUAGCAUUAAUGAACCACAAGACACGGGUGGUGGUGGCUGGAGACCACAUGCAGGAGACCCCAAGGUUCUUCCACAGGACCAACGUGGAAGAGAACACACUACUCACUCGGCUUUUCACCCAUUAUCAGAGUAAAGACUGCCCAGCAGCUAAGAACAGCCGCAUUGUCUUCCACCAGAACUACCGCUCUGUACCCGCCAUUACCUCUUUUGUGUCCCGUUGCUUUUAUGUUGGACGUGAUGAUGCUAUUGAGGCUUGUGCAGUCGAACCAAUGGAACCUCCUCAAGGAUCCCAGGCCCUGGCCCUGUUCCAUGUCCAUGGUCAGUGUUCUGCUGAAGGCAAUUCAUGGAUAAAUGUGUUGGAAGCGCAGCAGGUGGUGGAGACCGUCAAAGAUGUUCUUCAACGUUGGCCACAGAAUUGGGGGAAAGUCGACGGGAGCAAAAUUUGCGUGGUGUCCCAUGGUUCUCAGGUUGUACUCAUACGUCAAGAGCUACGCAAAGUAAGACUGUCUCAUGUCAUUGUGAACAACUAUGGCAACAUCAUCGGUCAAGAGUUCUUUGUCAUCAUCCUAAGUACCGUGCGAUCAGUUGACAGCCUCCCAGCUCAACCUCCCACCUCUUCCACUUUCAGUCUGGACUUUUUUUGUGAUCCACGAAUCCUAAACACCAUCCUAACACGUGCCCGUGUCCAGGUCAUUGUUGUUGGAGAUGUAGUGGCCUUAUGUUCUUUUGGAGCUUGUAGUCGUAUCUGGAGAAGCUACUUGCGGGAGUGUAUGGAGUCCGGCAGUGCCAAUCCUCCAGAUCUUAGCGUGGAGGGAAUAAAGCAGAUGGCUUCUGACCGGCAAGCUUGGAAGCAACAGGAGGAAGAAGAUACUGAAGAAGACAGCGAUUCUUGGACAACCGAUGUGGAUAUCAAUGCAGAAGAUGCUAUCCUCCAAGAACUGUUAGACAGUAAAAAUGAGGCAUGUGUGACUGUGUCUGCGGAAGGAAUGUUGGAAAUGAGACCAACAGUUAGUUCCACAAAGGAUGUAGACAAAUAUACAAACUUUCCCACACACACACUUGAACAAUAUUUGAUAAUGCAACCCAACAUAUACAAAAAAUGUCAAUUGGUCAAGGAAGAUUUUGACCGUGGCUAUGCAGUAACACUUGAUGAUCCUGUACCCCGUCAUAUUGCUAUUCAUGGACGGGAGAACUGUAGUAUAGGAUUUAGCGGCGAUCAGGUUGUUGUUGAGUUGUUCCCAAAUGUCCAACCAGACAAAGGAAAAGUUGUUGGAGUCCUUAAUGCGAGUGAAGAAAUUCGGAGGUUUGUUUGCUACAUGGAUACUUAUGACUCUAACAUCAUGGUCCCUGUUGACCGAACCAUCACUAAGAUUUACUGUCCAAAAUUUAAAGAUAAGCCAAACUUUAUUCCAAUCCGUGAAUAUCGAAAUGGUCAUAUAGCUACUCUAGGGUUUGAGAAGGUAACACAGCAAAUGAGACGAAAUACUAUUUUUCUGGUACAGGUGGUCCGAUGGCGGGAGGGUUUCUACUACCCUUUGGGGAUUGUAACUCAAGUUUUCCCGCAGAAUUUGACCUUGGAAAAUGGACUAGAGAUAUUAGACUUGGAAUACGGGAUUGAAAAUAGUGAUGAGUAUCCCAAAAAGGCUUUAGAAGAAGCCAAUAAUCUACCAGCAACUGUCCAGACAAAAGACAGAGAGGACUGCAGAAAAAUUGUAACCUUCACCGUGGAUCCUUCCAAUGCCAAAGAUUUAGAUGAUGCCAUCUCUGUGCGGGAGCAAGGUGAACACUAUGAGAUUGGCAUUCACAUCACAGACCUUGCUGCUGUAAUUCCCCAAGGUGGUGAACUAGACAGUGAAGCACAAAGGAGAGGCGUCACCUUCUAUUCCCCUGGGAACACCCCAGUGCACAUGUUGCCGCACAAGCUGUGCUCUGACCUUUGCAGUUUGAAACCACAUUUUGACCGGAUGGCAAUCUCCUUUUUUGUACUAGUGGAGAAAAAAACGGAUCAAAUUGUGAGCGGUGACUUUUGCCGCUCUGUAAUCUGCUCUGACCGUCAGCUGUCAUACGAGGAAGCCAAUUCCAUUCUGGAAGAUGAACGUGAUAGGCCACGGACAUUUGUUAGCGUAGAGGGUUGUCUUUGUAUUGCAGAACACUUUGCAAAAAUUCACCGAGCUUUCCGCUUAGAGAAAACGGCCAAUUACAAGCAGCCUGACGAAGGCUCUAUACCAGGAUCCCGGGAUGCCAAGAUGAUGAUUGAGGAGCUCAUGAUCAUGUACAACAGUUGGGCGGCAGAUUAUUUGACAAACACAGAUACAUUUAUGAAUCUAACACCAGUACGAUGCCAAAAUGGUAUAAGCCUUCAGAAAAUUCAAGAGAUGAGGAGAAAAUUUGAACACGUUUUACCUUUAUCCACUUAUUUGUCACAUCAUCUGUUAGCGGAAACUGAAUUACCAAAGCCAUCAUCUGAGAAAAAAUUUACCAUGUUAGCCUCAGUAUGGAAUCACCUGCAGGACAUGACAACCAGCCAUUCCAAAAUUACAGACCUUCUCUCCACAGAUGACCUGCAUCCUGAACUGAGCUAUGCAGUUCGGGAAUUUAGAUGUCAGCUUAGUCGCUCUUAUUUCACUCGUUCUGGCACUCCAAAUGCCAAUGGCCAUUACUCCCUUCAAGUUGAUGACUACACGUGGGCCUCAUCACCUCUCCGACGGUACAUAGACAUUGUGGUGCAAAGAUUGCUCCAAGGGAUCCUCACCCGUAGCCCAGAUAUAGCCUUCAGGAUUGCUCCCAAGGACAUGGACUUGCUGUGCCUUGACUUUAACAGGAAAGUUAAACGUGAGUCAGCAUAUGAGAAGAAAGCGCAUACGCUGAAGUUCGCUUUGUCGUUACGCAAAGUAGUACAGCAAAAGAUUGCAGUGGUCAUGACAAUUGAUGUUAGGAAUCGAAGUUUUAGGGCAAUUUUUCCAUUAGAUGGAGACUCUCUUUCCAGCCCAAUGAAUCUGGAUUACAGCCAUCUUCAGCCAGAUAAGCAGCCAGAACCUACUGAAAAUGGCUUGCUUUUGACAUGGAGACGUCGUGUGUACUCUUACAUUAAUUACAAGGAUGAACCUCUGAGCAAUCUAGCUAGGAAAGACAUAGUCUCCUUUAAUCCCUAUGCCUGGCAGGAAGCAAUAAAAGCCAUUGGUCAAGGAGAACCAGAAGAAGCUUUAGCAUCCUUAAAAUUUGGUAGAGAGAAAUCUGACCAGAUGAGCUUUGUGACUCGCAGCAAAUGUGGGCAUUAUAUGGAAAUAUCUCUUGAACUACAGGCUGGGGAAUCUCUUCCUAUCCAAUUCUGCACUGUUACUGAACGGGGUUUGCCAAGCCCAAGUCUCCAGCUUUGCACUCUUGCCCCAGGAAUCCAUCUCUGUUUGGAGCAUACAUCUCGGCCCAUUGAGUGCUUCUCCAAAUUGGCAAACCGACCGCCUCUUAAAACCUACCGCAAUGUAAAAGAAUAUCAAAAUGUGUGGCUGCCACUGUGCGCCAUGGAAGCGGCAGAGUGUGCUGUGAAGGAGGGGGCAUCUAUACUGCUGAGAGAUGUGCCCGUCAAUUGGAGGCGAGAAGGACGUUCCAAGCAAUCUGUGGGACUAAAAGGCAGCUUUACCUUGACCCCCAUACUUAUCAAAGAGUGUGAUCUGGAGAUGGACUUCCAAAAUUGCUACCUGUGCGUGCGGUUGGAAGGGCUACCAGCAGAAAAGACACAAAACCUUUUUGAUGUGCAGAGCUACAUAUGGGUGGCCCAUGGCCUAACAGAAAUCACAAGUUCGGUCAUUAAAGAUAAAGGUGGUGAUGUGGACUUUAAGUUACACCAGUGUAAUAUGCAUGAAGCUCCUGAGAAAGCUUUGAGAUCCACAGAGCCCUUUACCAUGGAGAUCAUACCCAAGCUAUUGCCGGACAUACGGAAGGAAAGGGCUGUUAACGACCUGAAUAAAGCAUCAGAACUCACAAAAUGUAUUGCGCUGGGAAAGCAGGUUCCUGAUGUAGACAUGAACAAAAAGUUUAAAACUCAGAAGUCAUUUACCAUCCCAGAGAAACCCCGUCCACUCAAUGAAAGUCAGACAGAAGCUGUGCGCAAAGCCUUGAUUCAGCCCUUCACCCUUAUUCAAGGACCCCCUGGCACUGGUAAAACCGUGGUCGGUGUUCACCUUGCUUACUGGUUCCAUCACAUAAACCAGUUUACAGAAUUAGCCGCGGACAAUGAAGCGGAGGAGGAAGAAGUGAAUGGCCGACGAGUCCUCAUGUACUGUGGUCCAUCAAACAAGUCAGUGGAUGUUGUAAGCGAAAUGCUACUCCCACUACGUGACAAGCUCCACCCAGUGCGCGUGUAUAGCGAACAGAUGGAGCUGAGUGAGUUUCCUUAUCCUGGAAGCAAUCUCAAACUUUCCGGAUAUCUCCGAGAAGGGAAGCCUAAUGAAACAUUGAGACCUAUCGCCCUGCACCACUUGAUCCGGGAGCCCUCAAAACCCUACAGCAAACAAAUUCGAGAUAUGGACCAAAGAAUCCGCAACGGAGAAGAGAUGAGCCAAGAGGAUAUAGAUAUGUACAAGGGUCUGAUAGCUGAUGCCCGCAAAGUGGAGCUGAAACAACAUGACAUCAUCUUGUGUACCUGCGUGGCAUCUUCCAGUAAUAUGCUGACAGCGGUGCCUAUCACGCAGGUGGUCAUUGACGAGUGCGGGAUGUGCACCGAGCCGGAGUCUCUUGUGCCACUUGUCAGCCACAAAGGUGUACAGUCCAUUGUGCUGAUUGGGGACCAUCGUCAGCUUCGCUCUGUAGUAAAAAAUGAAGUUUGUAAACUUCUUAAAAUGGAUCGUUCGCUGUUCGAGAGGUAUGAGGAAAGGGCGCUGUUUCUGGACACUCAGUAUCGUAUGCAUUUAGAUAUUUGCACGUUUCCAUCUCGGGAAUUUUAUGAUAAUCGCCUCCGUACCAGCCCCCAGCAGAAUAACCUGCCAAACAGCCUCUUUUUUACGCGAAUGUUUCACCGUAUAGUAUUCGGGGAAGUGAAUGGGCAGGAGCAAAGCCUGAUGGUCACCACGGCAGAAGGGAACAUGAGCUCAAAGGCGAACCUAGAAGAGGCCAAUGAAGCAGUUCGUUUGGCUGCCUUGUUGGUUUCUCAGUCUGUAGAGCAAAGUGAAAUUGCCAUCCUGACCGCUUACAAUGCACAGGUGUCAGAGAUCAGCAAGAGGCUGCAGACAAUGAGACUGAGCAAUGUGACCGUGUCCACCGUAAUGAAGAGCCAAGGGAGCGAGUGGCGAUACGUGAUCUUUUCCACUGUGCGUUCUGCUUCCGCUCAAGACCUGGACAGUCGUCCCACCAUCGGCUGGCAGCGGAGAUAUCUUGGAUUUCUGGGUGAUCCAAACCAGAUUAACGUUGCACUUACCAGAGCCAAGGAGGGCCUCUGUAUACUAGGAAACUCUAAACUGUUAUGGUGUUGUCCUAUGUGGAAGAGACUUCUGCAGCACUACAUCCAGAGGGGGGCCCAUGUCCCUGCUGCUGAUAUCAUGGUUGCGCAAAACCGCCGACGCUGAAAAAAAAAAAAAAAAAUAUUGUCUAUUCUCAGUUUCUGCAAAACCCGAAAAUAAUGGUGCUGGUCACCUGUGCAAUAAAGUCUGACACUGCUUCAGAGAAUACACGCUCCUGGGUUUGGGUGAGGGGUACAAAAGAGGACAUUUUUAACCAUAUUUAAA